CUAGAUCCCUUUCCGCAAAGUGGAAGCCGAUCGGUUCUGGAUCGCAUAUCGCCCGUAGAAUCUUUGGCGAGGUCCGUUUCGGCGAUCACAAGCGCGAAGGAGCCGGAGCCGAGGAACCGGGGUCGGCCCGAGCAUGACGACAACAACAUCAUCUUCAGCAAUUCAGAGGGUUCAUGACCAUGAGCAAUAUGGAAUAAAGACAGCUUCCCAUCUCGAAUCACUUGUUGUUGACCAUUCAAUCUUCGACACCAUGCCCAAGAUCUGCCACAUUGUCCUCUGGAAGCUCAAGGAAGGAGUAUCCUUGCAGACCGCCAAGGCUUCCAUUGACGCGCUGUCCAAGCUCAAGGCGCCCGGCCGUCUAUCCUGCCAGAUCACGCCUACCGUAGGCCCGUCCGACAGGAUCCAGGGGUUCGAGCUCGGCAUGUACUCGACCUUCGAAUCUAUGGAUGCUUUGAACACCUAUGCUACCUCGAAGGAGCACGUAGACUGCGUCGACAACAACGUCAAGCCGUACGUCACAUCGCCUUUGGCCUACGACUGGGAGAUCCCAGAGUGAUUCGCGGAGCAAUCGGAGGACCAUACCUAUGGCCUCUUACGGCACAAAUACGUACAAAUGGCCCGUGUCAUUAUCAGAAAAGCCCCCCAUGCCGACUAUUCAAGCAUUCUUGUCGAUUGACCGAUUAAAACUGCAGAACGACCGUUCAGGGCCGAGGGACACAUCUAAUCUCCUUAUCGAACACUUGACGUUUCGCAUCGUCCGCC